AUGCCCGAGAAGUUCCACAGCGAGCUGUGCGCCGCUCUGGGCCUGGGCCUGCAGCCCGCGAGCUUCGCUUGGCAGGAGCCGACCGCGUCCGGCGCAAGCGCGAGCAGCGCAAGCGCAGCCGGGCCGGCAGGUGACAUCGCCGCCUCCAGCGCAGCCACGGUUUCUCGCCACACGCAGCUGCGCGGCGUGGAGCGUGCGGAAAGCGCGGCAGCGGGCGAGGAGUCUGCCGCUGCAGGAGUGCAUCCUGUGGCGCACCCGGGCAAUGAUCGGUCCAGAUCAUCUACGCAGAGGCUAGCGCUUCUACUCCAAGAGCUCCGCCAGCUGCGCGGAGAGACGCGACAACUCCUGAGCGCUCGCCAGCGCGCCUGGCGCGAGUCGCACGUGGUGCCGAAAUGGGAGGAGCUGCGAAUGCAGGAGUCGAAAGUGGACGUGGGGCGGACGAGCUCGGAAAUGUCGGGCCGGAGCGGGAUGCCGACCUUCCAAGACAUCGUGGAUGCGCUGCAGCACCUCAGCGAGAAGUACGAGCAGGAGGUCCAGGAGCUGCGAAGUACCGUAACCAAGUUGACCACCGAGAACCGUAAGCUCAUGCGCAAGAGCGCAGAUUCAGAUGGCAGCACAAGCAUUGCCACCACCUUCGGAUCCUCAAACCCUUCGACGCAGGAUACGAAUUCACCGAAGCCGAAGUUGACUUCUGCCCUCAUCGUCGAAGAGCCGGACAGAAGCGAGGGGGAAGAUUCCGCCGAGUCGGACCCCUUUGUGAAUGCGGAAGUCCUGGAGGAGAUCACGCACUUGGAAUAUGAAGCGCGCAGGAAAAUUGCGGGGGGCGGCUUGGCGAUGGCGAACGCCUCCACCAUGAACCAUUACCAGAUGAAGGACUUCUGGCGGGAUGAGAAGAAGUCGCGCAGCGGGGCGUUGUCCAUCCCUCCACCUUCCUCCACCUCCACCUUGCCCACCCGCCUGACCACCGUCACUGCGGCAGCGCUGGGGCUCUCCGAGCUAUACCACAGCCAGGUGAGCCGCUUCAUCGCCCGGCCGGGCGAUCGAAAGCGCUUGGUCUGGGACCUGUGCGGGCUGCUCUUCAUCGUCUAUGACUGCAUUGCGAUCCCUUUGAAUGUCUUCGAUCCGCCGGUGACGAUGUUCUCCAUGACGGCAGACUGGGUGACGUUGGCUUUCUGGACGCUCAAUAUUUGUGCCACGUUGACCACGGGCUUCGUGCAGGAAGGUGUGGAGGUGCUGGCACCCCGGCAGAUCCUGAAGAACUACCUGAAGUCGUGGUGUAUCAUCGACAUUCUGACCUUGGGCCCUGACUGGACUUUGGAGAUCGUUGCGCACACAUCUCAAGAAGGAGAGCAGCGCGGCAUCGAAGCCACGAUGUCAUCUCCAGUAAGGAAUUUGGGGGAUGUUGGCAAAAUGCUGUGA